AUGGAAGAAUACUAUAAAAUCAUCAGCGACCUCCCAGAAGCAUCCAAGACCUCCAAGAAGACUCCUCAUCAGUAUUAUCUUCUUAAGAAGUAUGAAGUUCUCCAGUGUGGUGACAUUAACAGACUGAUAAGAAGACGUCAGCAUGAAGAAGAAACACCCCUGUACUUCAUUUCCAUAGAAGAGACCUAUGAAGUUGUCAAACAGGGUCACGUUGCGACGGGCCAUGGGGGACGGGACAAAAUGCGGAAGCGUAAGAGAGCUACAACAAAAGGGACCGUAGUAAAGCCAAUCAUCUCCAAAGACUCCAGAGCACAAGUCGAUCUUAUCGACAUGCAAUCCAUAACUCAAGGACAGUUCAAAUGGAUCAUGGCGUAUCCAGACCAUCUGACUAAGUUUUGUGUAUUGCGGCCACUGAGUUCUAAACGCGCAGUAGAAGUGGCGUAUCAGCUUCUUGACAUCUUCCUCCUCCUAGGUGCCCCAUCCGUUCUUCAAAGUGAUAAUGGAUCUGGAUUUACUGCCCAGGUUAUUUCUGAGCUGAAGAUUUUUGGUGAUGGUACAUGGAAAACCAAGAUACCGCCAAAGUGA